AUGCUCGCAAUGCAGACAAACUACCCUUCUUUGCCUACGGAAAAUGAAUCAACCACCUCAACAAACCCACCUGCACCAGCGGCUUCAGCAACAGUGGCUGCGGUGGUGGUGGGGGGUGUCGGUACUAAUGCAGGAAGAUAUACAUCGUCAACGUUGACGUCUACCCCGUUCCCAGGUUCAUCAGCGAUUGACGCCUCGUUUUCUCGGUGCGCACCUCCAGCUAACGAAACACCAACGUCCCUAAAUGAAGUUCUUCACCGAUCCUUAAUGGCUUCUUCCUUCGCAGCCAACGAAAUCAACGAGCCGGUCAUUCCUAGAGCCCACUCUAAUGGCAAAACCUUUGAUCUCAAUGCUCUGCGAGAGGCAGCAAGUCGUGAGAAAAAGCUUUUUGAAUGUGAUCCCUCAGAGAGAAAGGAAGGAGUAAUGGGGGGCUAUGAUCUUCCCUUCCACAUGCCCACAGGGCAUCCUCAAUGGACUACCCAACAAGAUAAUCACCCGAUCGAUAUGCCACCAAAACUGGGCCAAGCUCAAGAAACUAGUCCACCCACAAACACAAAGCUUGGUUCCUUCUCACCCAAUGUUGGGAUGCUUCCCUACACAAAUACCGGAUCAACCAAGGAAUUAGACUACUUUUUGGCAGCAAAUGCAGCUCGUGCACUGGUUAAUCACUUAGGUGGAGCUGGCGGAACCGGCAAUAGUGGUGGCAGUGCAGCUACCGGCGGUAGUGGAGGCAGCACUGUACCACAACCAUCCGAUGACCGAUCGAAGUCGCCCUCCAUGGGGUUUCGUGAUAUUGUGAAUCCACAUAUCUCCCCACCACAACAACCCUCCUCAAUGGAGCCCCUCUACGCUCACCAGCGAAGUCUCUCCGACAGAUCCAGUCCUUCUAGAUCCUCUUUCGGCCUCCCUUCACUGGGAAUGAGUGGUAAUGCUCCACCAAACAUGUCAGUUCCAUUCAACAGUUCGCCACUGCCGUUUUCCGUGCCACCACACUUUCGCCAAAACAACCCAUCUUAUUCAUCACACCCAUCGCAUCACCUACUCCCACCGAACCCCUUUGGAGGACUAGAUCCUAACUUCGCAGAUCGCAUGAAGGACUACUCUACACCGCAUCAUCUCAUGGACCCCAGGUUUCCAGUCGCCAACUCAAUGUCAAGGCUCCCACGUUCCGUUUCACCAAUGGACGGAGAUGGAAGAAAUGCAGGAAUAAUUGGUGACUCUGGAAUGAGUGACGCCUCACCUAAUAGUUCUUCAAGCGGAAAAUUCGUUUCUCCCCAUAAUCAAGCCGGAGGAACUACUGGAAAUGGCGGGAAUAUAGUUCUUUAUCCCUGGAUGAAUCCGAAGAGCUGCGGUAAGAUAAUGUUAAUUCCUUUAAAUUCCAAAGUGUAUUGUGUUAAAUUUGUCAUAAGGAUACAUGAACCACGAUUUUAA